UAUAUAUAUAUACACACAAAACGUGGCACAAGUCAAGGCUCUCACUCUUUCUUCUAGUUGCGGCAAACAAAGCUUGGUUUAGUGAUUACUAUUACUUAGUGAUCCAAAACAACAGUACUGAAAUUGAUCAUCCCGUUACUAUUGGAAUAUAUAUAGAUAUAUCUAACACGUUCCGUUGUGCCGCCCGCCGUCUUGGAAGUAGUUCGAACAACCAUUAACUAUGUCUUUACUUUAUGCAUAUAUCAUGUAUAUAUAUGUAUAUCUAAAGCCACUAUAUAUAUAUAUAUAUAUAUAUAUAUAUUAUUUAUUAUCAAAACCAUUUUGGUAAUUCGAACUUGAAAAUUCCCCACCAUUAUUAUUUGUUUUCAUUUUUGAGAUCAAAUCCCACCUUGUGCCUCACGUCAUACAUACACACUCACUCACUUAUAAAUACCAUCCCCACAACUUAAACUUCCUUUACAAGCACCCAUUUUAUAGUUUCCUAAUCUCCUCUUUUAGCUUGUUAAUGUUGUUAUAUAUAUCUUAUUAAUUAUUAACUGACAUGAUCUUUUCAUCCUUCUCAUUUAUCUAAUUCUCCUAAUUGAUUCUCAUUCUCUUAUCAUCUUCCUUGCUGUUCUGUUACAUAUAUAUAUUAUAUAUACAUAUUUAUCUAAUGGGGGAUAAUAAUAAUAAUGAUAAUAAUGUAAAUUUGCCUCCUGGUUUUCGUUUUUACCCAACUGAUGAAGAGCUCGUAGUCCAUUUCCUUCAUCGUAAGGUCUCCCUCUUACCUUGCCAUCCCGAUGUCAUUCCCGAUCUCGAACUAUAUCCUUAUGAUCCUUGGGAACUCGAUGGUAAAGCUUUGGGUGAGGACAACAAGUGGUACUUCUAUAGCAGAAAGACUCAAAAUAGGGUUACGAGAAAUGGGUAUUGGAAGGCUUUAGGGAUAGAAGAAUCAGUGAACAAUAACACUACUUACAAGAAAGUUGGUACAAAAAAGUACUUUGUCUUCUACGUUGGAGAUCUUCCUAAUAAUAAUAAUAAUAAUUCUAGUAGUCCAGCCAUUAAAACUAAUUGGAUAAUGCACGAGUUUCAUCUCUCAGAUUCUGCUUCUGCUUCUACUUCUUCCACUAGAUCAUCCUCCAAAAGAAGAUCAUCUAACAAAAUAGAUUAUAGCAAAUGGGUACUUUGUCGAGUUUAUGAACGUGAUGAAGAUGAUGACGGAACAGAGCUUUCGUGUUUAGACGAAGUUUUCUUAUCACUAGAUGAUCUUGAUGAAAUAAGCUUACCAAAUUAGGUAGUUUAGCAAUGUGAGGAUUAAGUAAGAAAGAAAAAAAUGUUUAAUUAAUUAAGCACGAAUGAAGAUCCAAAAUGAAGGGUCUACCAACAAAAAAGUUUAGUUUUAUAAAACCUAUAUGUAGAAUGGCAUUAUUGUUUUUGUCAUAGCUAGUAAGAUGUGUUGUAACUAGCUAUAGCUUUAUGAGCACCUUAAGUGGGUGGACAUUAUGUAUAAUGUACCUUUGAGCUUUUGAUGAGAAAGAUUAUAAAAAGGAAAAGGAAAAGAAAAUACAAAAAGAAAAUUAAACA